CCCCAAACCUCGCUCAGCCUGGUGAGCCCACAGGCCAGCGCUCUGACAUGCAAGAGGUAGCCCUGAGCCUGCUCCUGCUCCUGGCAGGCCUGCCUGCCCUGGACGCCAAUGACCCUGAAGACAAAAACAGUCCUUUCUACUACGACUGGCACCGACUCCGGGUCGGCGGGCUCAUCUGUGCCGGGAUCCUGUGUGCCAUCGGCAUCAUUGUCCUCAUGAGUGCGUGGCGGGGCCGUGUGUGGGCGGGGCUUCAGAUGGGGCGGGGCUGCGGGUCCCCUCCGCUGACCACUCCCCUGUCCUCUCCCCCCACAGGUGGAAAAUGCAAAUGCAAAUUCAGCCAGAAGCCCAGUCAUCGUCCAGGGGAUGCCCCGCCUCUCAUCGCCCCAGGCUCUGCCGGUGACUGCUGAAGACGGAUCCCUGCAGAGGGCCUGUCUCUGCCCCCGGGGCCUGGCGCUGCCCAGGACAAAGACAACACCCCCUCCGCAGGAGCUGCAUCUCACCUCCCCAGACAGGGGUCUCCUCCUUCCAUUUUUAACCUAAAACAACCGUGCCUCGUGCCCCAGUAGCCUCUGUGUGCACCGCGGUGGGCUUUGGGAGGGGCUCGGGAGAGGCUGGGCAGCACUGGAUGGCUUCCCUGGGGACAGCCAGCAGGCCUGCUCCCUGUGGCUUGGCGCAGGGCUGGGGUCCGCCUUCUGUCUCCCGGCCGUGGGAGCUUUGUGUGCCACUUAAGAUUUUCCAAGUGGGGAACAGCUGUGCAAACGAAUGAGGGCCUGGCCACAGGAACGCAGGACACUCAGGUGGACAGACAGCGGCCAUCCGGGGGACGUCACCCUCCCGUGGUGGGGGUACACAGAGAGCAGCCCCUGGCGCCGCCCGUCACUCACCCCUGAGACUGCACUAUGCUAUGAGACCUUUCCAAACACCCUCACAGAUACCCCUGGAAAUACAGGGCGGCCGCAUGGCGCGCGAGCCGCCACUGAGCCUCAGGCUCCCCACCCCCAGACGCCCCGUGCCCAAUAAGGCCGCCAACAUGUUCCCAUGGGCCAUCCAAUAAAACGCCGAAAAUCCUUC